UACGUCUGUGUGGCUGCGAGUCCUCUGCGUGAUCUCAGUGCGGUGUUGGGUGUUGGAUACGUGUGAACGCACGCGAGAGAGAACCAGUGAGUAUGGUUCAGCAAUACCAGUCGCCCGUGCGGGUUUACAAGCAUCCCUUCGCUCUGGUCAUGAUGGCAUAUGAGCGUAGGUUUCCAACGUGUCCACAGAUACCAGUUUUUGUCGGAUGUGAAAUUAUGCUGGAUGAGGAGAGCGAAGAUGGUGCUGUUAGAACCACAGAGAGGCGGUGCAAAUUAAAUGUUGAAGCACCGUAUAUCUUGAAAAAGAUAAUUGGUGUGGAUUUUGUAUACUUUAUUCAAAGGAAUGUUUUAAAUAGGCGCAAUAGUGUUUUAGAAAUAGAAGCAUACAAUGAAAGCUUUGCCAGUAGAGUAACUGUUAUUGAAAAAUGUAAAUAUUUUAUUCAUCCUGAGAAUUCAGAAUGGACUUGCUUUGAACAAACAGCAAGUUUAGAUAUUAAAAAUUUUUUUGGUUUCGAAAAUUCAAUGGAAAAGCUAGCAAUGAAGCAAUAUGCACAAAAUAUUGCCAAGGGUAAAGAAAUUAUUGAAUAUUUCAUAACCCAAUUAAAAGAAGAAGGCAUUACUUACGUUUCACCUUGGAAAGAUCCACAAGAAGGAUCUUCUGAGGAAGAAAAGAAAAAUGUGGACGAAAAUAGUGAGUUAUAUAGUGACAAAGAAUUAUGUAAUACCGACAGCAAACUGCCCAGCAACAGAGAGAUGCAACUCUCGUCAGAUUAUAUAGAGAGAUACUUGGGAAAACUAGACAUGCUACAGGAAAGUAAACUAGUGCAGCUUAGACAUAGCAUAGAAGAACUGAGGGGAAGUUCGGUACCGGGUUAUGCAACGCUCCUACGGUUCCUGAGGGCUACGGAAUUUUCAGUUGAAAAGGCUAGAGAAAUGUUAACGCAAUCUCUACAUUGGAGAAAGAAACAUCAAAUCGAUAAACUUCUUGAUGAAUAUGAAAUGCCACAAGUAAUUAAAGAUUAUUUUCCUGGCGGCUGGCAUCACUUUGAUAAAGAUGGACGACCUUUAUAUAUCUUAAGGCUAGGUCAAAUGGACGUUAAAGGUCUACUCAAAUCGAUUGGAGAAGAUGAAUUACUAUUAUUGGCUUUACAUAUCUGUGAAGAAGGUCUACAUUUAAUGGAAGAAGCUACUACUGUUUGGGGUCAUCCCGUCUCUCAAUGGACAUUAUUGAUAGAUUUAGAAGGUUUAAAUAUGCGGCAUCUGUGGAGACCUGGCAUAAAAGCAUUGUUGAGAAUAAUAGAAAUAGUAGAAGCAAAUUAUCCCGAAACAAUGGGAAGGGUUUUAAUCAUACGUGCUCCAAGAUGUUUCCCUAUUUUAUGGACACUUAUCAGCACUUUUAUUAAUGAAAAUACUAGGAAGAAGUUUAUUUUUUAUUGCGGUACAGAUUAUCAAGAACAGGGACCUGGAGGUCUUGGUGAAUACAUUAAUCAAGAAUUUAUUCCUGAUUUCCUCGGUGGUUCUUCAGAGACAUAUGUAAUGGAAGGAGGAGUAGUUCCAAAAAAGCUAUACAGAAUGGAUUUGGAAGGUACCUCUGGUGAACAUGAGCACAGUCUGUAUCAUUCUAUCAGCCUGAGCCGUGGCCAAACUCACCAUGUGUUCAUAGAAUCGGAUGAUCCGGGUGCUGUUCUAACAUGGGAUUUUGAUGUGAUGCGGCAUAAUGUUGUAUUUACAGUACUUCAUAAAUCUCGAAGUGAAAACAGUGCUAUUGCAGAGCUUCCAGAGCUUGCAAUAGGUGGUGAUCACGAAAUUGUUGCUACAAAAGAACUGAAAGAUAAUUAUAUUAAAGUUGAACAUAGUGUAGUUUGUCAUGAUGGUGAAAGUAUCCAAGGAACUCAUAUCAUGCAAGAUACAGGUACUUAUGUAUUACAAUGGCAAAAUCAAGAAGAUCAAGCUGAAUUUCUUCCAUCUAUUAGUUCUCAUAAGGCUCAACUUAUGUAUUUUUAUGAAACAUUACCAUCUGCACAUUACAGAGGUUCUAUGAUGAGUUUGCAAUCAGCCAUUAGUGGAAGGUCAGAGGCUAGUUCAUCUUUAUCCAGAUGAAAAGCAAUGAAUAUGGAUGUUGAGUUAUAGGAGACAUGAAAUUUUAUUCAUAAUAUUUUAUAUGCAAUAUGCAUUAAAAUGAAAACACGAAUCUCGUUUAUUUUUAAUUAACGAGGCUAAAAUGCAAAUCAUAUUUUAGUCUAAUAUUUUAAUCUUGUUGACGCGAUAAAGCCUCUUUAUACAUCAUCAAUCCAAAUAUUAUUCCAAAUCUCAAGCCUAAAAUACUCAUCUCAACAAUUGUAUAACGAACGUUAUCAUAUUACAUAUAGUUGUUAAACAAUAAUACAAUAUAUAAUAAUGUUGUCCAUUUAAACUUUAUUUUUUCAUAUAAAGAUAAAUUAGAUGAAAUUUAAUACUCGUAAUAAAGUCAUGUACAUUUUAUAGAUUAUAUUGCAAUUUAAACAGAGACUCGUUGCAAAAGUACAUUAGUUUCCAAUUCUAAAGUAAAUAAUUCAAAUUAUGCAAGUGAAUUGUGAUUUAAUAUUAAUUUAUAUACAUAUAUUUAUAUAAAGAACACGGGUAACGGAAAACGUUCUUCCCCUUAUAAACUUACAUUUUACUAAGAUUUUGUCUUCAGAAAAGAUGCAUAAAUAAACUAAUUUUUAUAGCAGUAUAGUUUAUAGUAGCUUUAUAUCAUAGUAAAACAUUCUAUUGCCGAGUAAUGGAACACAUAUUGUAUUUAAUUGUAUUUAAUUGUGUAUGUCAUUUUUGACAUACUUCCAUAAAACAUCAUAGUAAAAAUAAAAAGUAAUAAAAUAAUAGUAAUAAAAAGAUUAAUAGUUGUAGAAUUGCAAGUUAAGUAGAGAAACAAUAAGAAAAAAAUUAUAAUACA